GUCCACGCCGGCCAAGACGGGCGCGGUGCGGCUUCCCAAGAAAGGGUGACGACGGCAGAGGCGACAGCUGUUCCACGGCGUCGUGUACAUUACUGCGUGCACAUCCUAUAGUCUACACCAACUAUUUUCCUGCCAUUACGCGUUCACACUCGUUCUCUCUUGGCUUGCUUUUGUGCUUGGCCCCAAACCUGGCUGCCGACUACCUCCGACUUCCGCCGCCCGGCGCCGACCCGGUCUGGUCCGUGAUUUGACUUGUCCUUCGGCUUCUGUUGCCGUGUCGCAUCCUUCCCGAAAGAACCCCUCUGAUUCGCAAGUCCGCCGAGCGACGCGGCAGCAUUCGAUAGGCGCGCCCAGCAUGGCCACAAUACGCAGCCUCGACCAUACCAAAUCCGAGGCCGAGCUGGCCAUCAACAUCAAAAAGGCGACGAGCCCCGAGGAGACUGCUCCGAAGCGGAAGCAUGUUCGAAGCUGCAUCGUCUACACAUGGGACCACAAGUCCUCCCAGUCCUUUUGGGCUGGUCUCAAGGUCCAGCCCAUCUUGGCCGACGAAGUCCAGACGUUCAAGGCCCUGAUCAUGGUCCACAAGGUCCUUCAGGAGGGACACCCCGUGACCCUAAGGGAGGCGAUGGCGAAUCGGGGGUGGAUCGAUAGCUUGAAUCGCGGAAUGAUAGGCGAGGGCGUGCGCGGCUACGGCCCCCUGAUCAAGGAAUAUGUCUACUACCUGCUUGCCAAGCUCUCGUUCCACAAGCAGCACCCCGAGUUCAACGGCACAUUCGAAUAUGAGGAGUACAUCAGCCUCAAGGCGAUAAACGACCCCAACGAGGGCUACGAGACCAUCACCGACCUCAUGACGCUGCAAGAUAAGAUCGACCAGUUUCAGAAGCUAAUCUUCUCCCACUUCCGCAAUGUGGGCAACAACGAAUGCCGGAUAUCCGCUCUCGUGCCCCUUGUCACGGAGAGCUAUGGCAUCUACAAGUUCAUCACGAGCAUGCUCAGAGCCAUGCAUUCCACCACCGGCGACAACGACGCCUUGGAGCCCCUCCGUCAGCGAUACGACGCCCAGCAUUACCGCCUGGUCAAGUUUUACUACGAAUGCUCGAAUCUGCGGUACCUCACGAGCCUCAUCACCAUCCCAAAGCUCCCGCAGGAUCCGCCAAACUUGCUGGCGGACGACGACACCGCGCCGGCUCUUCCCGCACGCCCCAAGCAGGAGAUCGAGAAGCAGCCAACUCCGCCUCCCGCGCCGAAAUCGGACGAACCGGACGAGAUCACCGAAUUCUGGAAGAGCGAGAUUGACCGGCAAAACCGGGAAUUCGAGGAGCAGCAACGCGUAUUAGAGGCCCAGCAGCAGGCCGCGCUUCUUGCCCAGCAACAGGCGCAGCUUCAGGCGCAGCGCGAAUUCGAAGAACAGCAGCGCCGGUUGCUGGAGCAGCAGCAGCGCGAGCAAGAGGCGCUGAGGGCUCAGCAGGCGCAGUGGCAGACCCAGGGACGGCUGGCCGAGCUCGAGCAAGAAAACCUCAACGCGCGCGCGCAGUAUGAGCGCGACCAGCUCAUGCUUCAGCAGUACGACCAGCGGGUAAAGGCCCUCGAGGGUGAGCUGCAGCAGAUACAAAGCAACUAUGGCCAGCAAAUAGCGAGCAAGGACGACCAGAUCCGAGCUCUGCAGGAGCAGGUCAACACCUGGAGGACCAAGUACGAGGCGCUCGCCAAGCUGUACUCUCAGCUCCGCCACGAGCACCUUGACCUGCUCCAGAAAUUCAAGGCGGUGCAGCUCAAGGCUGCGUCUGCGCAGGAGGCCAUUGAUCGGCGAGAGAAGCUGGAGCGUGAGAUCAAGACCAAGAACCUCGAGCUCGCCGACAUGAUCCGGGAGCGGGAUCGGGCUUUGCAUGAGAAGGACAGACUGCAGGGCUCCAACAAGGACGAGGUCGAGAAGCUUAAGCGAGAGCUGCGGAUGGCGCUUGAUCGCGCCGACAACCUCGAGCGCAGCAAGGGUAAUGAGCUCUCGGCCAUGCUUUCCAAGUACAACCGCGAAGUGGCAGACCUGGAGGAGGCAUUGCGCAACAAGUCCCGCGCGCUCGAGGAGGCCCAGGCCAAAUUGAGGGAUGGCAACUCGGACCUCGAGGCCCUUCUCCGCGAGAAAGAGGAGGAGCUGGAGGUUUACAAGGCCGGCAUGGACCAGACCCUGAUCGAGCUCAACGAGCUCAAGAACAACCAGGGCACCACAGAACAGGUGCUCGACGGACAGAUCGAUGCCUUGGUCCUCGCGCAGCUGGCCAAGAUCAACGAAAUCAUCGACUCGGUGCUCCAGGCCGGCGUGCAGCGCGUCGACGAUGCCAUGUACGAGCUUGAUUCUACCAUGCAAGCCGGCAACCAGAGUGCCUCGCCGUCUUACGUACUGUCGCAGAUCGAAAAGGCGUCGGCCAGCGCCACCGAAUUCGCCACGUCCUUCAACAACUUCAUCGCGGACGGCCCCAACAGCACCCCUGCGGAUCUGAUCAAGAACGUCAACAUCUUUGCCGGCGCCAUUGCCGAUGUCUGCGGCAAUACGAAGGGUCUCACGCGCCUCGCCACCGACGAGAAGAUGAGCGACUCUCUGAUCAAUGGUGCCCGCCAGUCGGCGCAUGCGACGGUGAAGUUCUUCCGCAGCCUGCUGAGCUUUAGGUUGGAGGGCAUGGAGCCGCUGCAGAAGACCGACGUGGUCAUCAACAGCAACCACGACGUGCAGAUGAACCUGCAGCGGCUCAACAAGGCCGUUGAAGCCUUUGCGCCGGGCUAUGGCAAGCUCGCUGCCAAGGGUGACCUGGGCGAGAUCGUGGACAAAGAAUUGAGCAAGGCGGCCGACGCCAUCGAGGCAGCGGUUGCUCGCCUGAACAAGCUCAAGAGCAAGCCUCGCGACGGCUACUCGACCUACGAGCUUCGGGUGCACGACUCGAUUCUGGACGCUGCCAUGGCCAUCACCACCGCCAUUGCCCAGCUCAUCAAGGCAGCCACCAUCGCGCAGCAAGAGAUCGUACAAGCCGGGCGGGGUUCGUCGUCGCGCACGGCAUUCUACAAGAAGAACAACCGGUGGACAGAAGGUCUCAUCUCGGCCGCGAAGGCGGUCGCGUCGUCGACCAACACGCUCAUCGAGACGGCCGACGGCGUGCUCUCCAACCGCAACACCCCCGAGCAGCUCAUUGUGGCAUCCAACGACGUGGCCGCGUCGACGGCCCAGCUCGUGGCCGCCAGCCGCGUCAAGGCCGGCUUCAUGAGCAAGAGCCAGGAGAACCUGGAGCAAGCGAGCAAGGCGGUCGGCGCCGCUUGCCGCGCUCUCGUCCGCCAGGUGCAGGACAUGAUCAAGGACCGGAACGCCGAGGAGGAGCAGGUCGAUUACUCGAAGCUCGGCCAGCACGAGUUCAAGGUGCGCGAGAUGGAGCAGCAGGUCGAGAUCCUUCAGCUCGAGAACGCUUUGGCUGCUGCCCGUCACCGGCUGGGCGAGAUGCGCAAGAUCUCGUAUCGGGAAGAGUAGCGGCAUCAAGUUGCAGAAAGUGUGCGCCUAUUGUUCGGUUAUCGCGUUGGGGUGGAUAGCCAGGGACAAAAUUUGCUUCCGACGCUCUCUUUUCGGCUGUAUUUUACUCUGAGCAAAUCUUUGGGAAAAAUCGUUGAGCGUGCCUUUGAGCGCAUCGCGUCGCGUGUGCUUCAUGUGGACGAGUUCCUCUGCCUUCUUAUAAACCAGUUCCUCCAUGCAGCUCUCCGGAGGGUUCCCUGCAGUAAUUGUGCAACACGUGAUCUAAUUAGCUACCUUACUCAUCAGCAUUCGAUAUGGACGGGUCCAUGGUCCAGGGUCCAGGUUCCUUUUUACA